GGUUUCGCUUCCGCUGGUUUUAAAGUCGGUCGUGGUUUAUGUUCCCUUAGGCAUAUCAUAUACAGAAAUAAUUAUGUUAUAAAUUAAUGACUACAUAAUUAGGGAGGGUUUUCCUGAUUGCAUCACUGAUCUUGUUUGCGCAAACUACAUAUACGUUACUACGGUUACUGCUGAGAGGCUGUACCGCCGCGACUGGCCGCGUCGUCGGCCACUUUUCAGUUAAAAUUUUAUACAGCUAGAACAAGGUGUCGGUCGUGUGGGGGGUACGCCCGAGUGAUGCCGGAAAUUCUUCAAUUCGGCUAGCCAGAGACGAUAAACAAAAUCGCCCAGUAAUGUUAAGACCACGGAGCGUUCAGGCGCGCCAAAACAGCACGUCGUAACCAUCAAACAGCCCCAACGAUGACUCCGCCCGUCAAACUGGUGCACAUACGUUUUCGGACCAUCGCGGUAGUGACCGCGCUUUUACCGCUUUCAUCGUUCCUAACGUGCAUCUUUUAUUCGCUCAUGUUUCAAUUCAAGCAAGUCACGGCGACGCACUGUCAGGUAGCCAACCUGCUUCCGUCCAUCAGUGCGGCGAUCGGAAGUUACACGCCCCAGCGAUACAUCUGGCGCACGGGCAUUGGGCUCCAUGCGGCUCCCAGGCUGCUGGUCAGCGUCAUGUACCGCCGUUACUACGCCGCCAUGCUGGCCGACACGCCCAAGUACCAGUUCCUCGCGUCCGCCGCAUUCUGGCUGAACGUUGUCGAGAACCUCUGCCUGCUCGGUCUAACCAACGUCUCGUCGAGCGAAAACUACCCCAUUCACGAGAAGAUGUUCGUGACAUUCAUGGUGUCUGCACUCCUGUACAUGCUGGUUUCCUGUUUCAUCCCCACCGUGGCCUUCAAGCACAUGCUGUCACAAACGGAGAGGAAGUCUUUACGCACCAAGAAGCAGCUGAUGAUCACCAGCGUUUUCUGCUCCCUGCUGGCUACCUACUUCUUCCUGCGUCACAACUGGUAUUGCGAGCCAGGAGUGUACACAUUUUUUGCCCUGGCCGAGUACAUCGUGGUCCUGUGCAACAUCGGCUUCCACAUGACCGCCUACUGGGACUUUGACGACCAGCAACUGUAUGUGUCGUCGCCCGAUCAUGACCUGUCAGAAGACAAGAACUCGCUGUUAGGCGACGACCGUUGGGCUUCGGCGUGACGACCAGUGCCUCAAACUCCCACGCAUCACGCAAGGACGACGGUGUUGCACGAGUGCUGACGCUGGAUUGAGGAAACUUUCAGACGGUGUGCACACCCGACGCCCGGGCAAAAAGACUCGUCGGUGUCGGCGCAUCGUUUCGUGGACUGCAAAUCGUCGGAAGGUGGCAUUAAAACGAAAUAGCGCGGGUGAUUUUUCUUUUCU